GUCGCUGCUGUUGCCGGUGCCGCCGCCGCCGCCAUGGCCGCGCGAGGCGGGCGGUUGGGACGGUUGGUCGCGGCGGCGGCGCUGCUCGUGCUGCUGACGUGCGGCCGCUGCUCGGCGAGUUGGGACCUCGAGCUGUUCGACCUGGUGGAGGAGGUGCCGCGCGACUUCUACAGCUUCCUCGACAUCAAGCAGGAUGCUUCAUCUACAGACAUUAGAAAAGCUUAUCGGAAAAUGUCUUUGAUCUUACAUCCAGACAAGAACAAAGAUGAAAACGCAGAGACUCAAUUUAGACAAUUGGUAGCUAUCUACGAAGUUCUGAAAGAUGACGAAAAAAGGCAAAGGUAUGACGAUGUUUUGGCGAAUGGCCUGCCAGAUUGGCGACAGCCUGUUUUCUACUACAGGCGAGUAAGAAAGAUGAGUAAUGCGGAGCUUUCACUGCUGCUCUUCGUGAUUCUGACCGUGGGCCAUUAUGCUGUGGUUUGGUCAAUUUACCUUGAGAAACAACUGGAUGAUCUUCUCAGCAGAAAGAAAAGAGAGAAAAAGAAAAAAGCAAACAGUAAGAUUGUGGAUGAAGGAAAAACAACCGGUUGUCUUGAGAAAAACGAGAGAUCUAUUGUAAAACCUCAGUGGCAGGACCUGUUGCCGUGUCAGAUUGGAAUCUGGUUUUAUUGCGCCCUGAAGUCAUUACCACAGCGUUAUCAGGAUGCCAUGGAUCUUUAUCAGGAAUGGAAAGAAAUGAAAGUAAAGGAAAAAGAGGAGGCAGAGGCACAAGCUCAGUUUGAAGCUGGACACAAGGAAAAGAAGCCCAAAGUAAAGAAACCAAAAUCUGAGUUUCCAGUAUAUACAGCCUCCACCUCUGGAGCCAGUAGUGUCUAUGCAACAUUGCACGAUCAAGCUUCAACUAUUGAGGACAUUGAGGAACAGAUGGCUGACUGGCUGGACAAUAGCACAAAAUUGCAAAAGAAGAAGGCACCUGAGUGGACAGAAGAGGACCUUGGCCAGCUGACAAGAAGUAUGGUUAAGUUCCCAGGGGGUACUCCAGGUCGAUGGGAAAAGAUUGCUCACGAAUUGGGUCGAUCAGUAGCAGAUGUGACAACUAAAGCUAAACAAGUAAAGGAUUCUGUUUUAAGUACUCCAGGAACAGUAAAACUAUAUGAACUCAAAACUGCUUCUCAGACUGUAAAAUAUGAGAAACAUGGAAUCGCUCCCCCUGAUGACAUUAUCAGCAAAAGAGAAGAGGAAGAAGAGAAAGAGGAGAAAGAGAUUGAAGAAGACUAUGAGGAUGAAUUUGAAAAUAGUAAUAGCCAAGAUAACUACACCGGGACACUGUCAGGGGAAACCCGACCUCGAAAACGGAAAAUAGCAAAACCAGCAGAGACAGCUUUCUUGAUCCCAGAACCUGAACAAAAGCAACGAGGAAGACGUCAGAGGGACUUUGAUAAUACAGAACUAGAUAAUGAUGAUGAUAGUGAUGAGGAGAAGAAAAGGAAAGGGAAACUUCGGUCUUCAGAGGAAACGACUGAGGUCUGGAACCAGAAUCAACAAAAACUGCUCGAGCUAGCCUUACAACAACAUCCAAAGGGAACUGCUGAACGCUGGGACAAAAUAGCAAAAUGUGUACCAGGAAAGACAAAGGAAGAGUGCAUGACCAGAUACAAACUAUUGGCUGAACUAGUUAUGAAGAGGAAACAAGCCAAAAGCUGACUGCAAACAACUUAUGAGCACUGGCCUCCUUCCAGAAGCAGUAAUACACCAUGGACAGUGUAUUGUGUAAACGUGGAGCCAAGUUGCUUAUAAUUUACCUCGUCUUUUUUUGUGCCUUAGUGAAUAAAACAUGUGCCACCAUCCCCCACAAGAUAAUGGGGCUGCAUUAAUUUUUAAGAACCUUGUUUGUUUAUUGAAUGCAUUGCACAUUUAAAUAUAUAAGAAACUCAUUCUCUGCACAUUGUACCAAGCUUUAUGUAUUCGUUGUAUUUUUUGCAUUCAGUGGUUUUUUUGUGCAGAAUCUCAAUACAAUUUAUUUCCUGCAUUCAACUAAUUAUUUCUUCUAUACAUCCUAGUGCAGAACAGAUUGUCUUAUAGCAAUUCCAAGAUCAGCAAAUUAAGGUAAUCAGAGUAAUAUUUUUCAAAAAUUUCACUGCUUCAUUGUUCCAAGCUCUGGUCUAUACAGUUCUAUUGCCCAAGUACCCAUUUUUUUCCGUGAACCUAGACAGUUAAUAUAGCACUACAAGUGACAUCUCAGUCAAGUCCAAUGCUGUCAUCACCUGGCAUAUACUUGCACAUAAUUUAUGCAAUAGUCUUAUUCAAAAUCAAAAGUGAAAAUUCCAGCUGAAUUUCCUUCUGACCUUACAGUUGGUUCUGAUGGUUGCCUUGUUUGGCUCAGUAUAAACCAUGUGAUGGAUCUACCCAAUGAACAUUUGGGGAAAACAACUCAAAUUGAUGCUUUAAAGCAUUCAACACUAAACUCAACAGCAACAAGAUCACAUUUGUAUAGCGCCUUUCACGUUGGGAGGACGUCCCAAGGCGCUGAAAAUCAGAUCAAUAACUACUCACAGAUCCUCAGUUUGUAGAAUUGAAGCGAUCUUGUCAAAGAACACGCCAAUAGGGAUCCUUAUUUCUUAUUUUCUGCAAUAUCUGCAUCAGUAACGAGUUCAUGGCUGUUAGCAUUUGCUGAUAGGGAGGGAGUACAAUAUAGCUUUGUUCCCCCAAACUGAUUCGAUAACCCAUCCUUCAUAUUGAGCCUGAGACUCAGUGGAUAGUGUAGUGAUACCCAUACAAGUGAUCUAUCUGUUUUGGUAGCGCGAAUCAGGAUCACAUAUGCACACAAGUUUAAACUCCUUUGGUCGUGGUUCAAAGCAGGAACAGAAAGGCAAAGCCACAGAAUUUUAAAACUAUUAACUUCUGUGUAACUUGGAGAAAGAACUCAUCAUGGGGCCCUGGUACCUCUACCUGCCACAUUCAAGCUGUAUGUUGAAAUGUUCAGUUACAAGAAAUUCCCAUCCAGAGAUCAUUUUGUCAGCUGGCGCAGAAAUAUCUUCUGUGGGUGACUGGCCCUCAGUUAUCUCCCCUUCUUAAGAGAAACUCGAAGAGCUUGGUGGAGAAACUAUUAAUGGCACUUUUUGUUAUACCUCAAAAGCUGUUGGAAAGAUUGAAGACUUUGAUACCUGAAGAUCAAGCUGAUGCGCACAUGGUCCUGGUGAAGAGUGUCAGAAUUUUGAUUCAUACAAAAGCCUUUUAGUGACAUUUGUAUGAAAUCUACAUUUGAAAUAUGAAGCAUUCUAAUUUCAAGUAUGGCUUGUGAGUGUGUAACAAAUUGUAACGACUGAAUACCACAGAAGUAUUUUCAGCCAGUAAGCUCCUUUUGUAUAACAUUCUUUUUUCCAAAUGCUACCAUCAAGUCCGCAUAUGUUUGGCUUUAUCAUUUCAUCUCCUGCACAAAAUACUUGAGAUUGUAGUCGAUUGUUCCGAGGGGUUGGGGUUUUCCAGUAGCUGAACCCAAUGCACAAUGGAAUUGUACUGGUUAAAAACAAAUGGGGUAGAAUAUUCAAGCCUCCAGUGCCAGUGUAAAUAAUCUUAAUUAAAUGUCGCUGGUGCAAAA